CAAUAACGAGAACAUCGCCGCCCUUGAAGUUGAGACCUCGCCUCGUCUGUACCCGUCGUCUGUGCGUCCCGGCGCUUUCAUUUUCGAUUCAGCGCUGCGGAGCUCCGUCCGCCACAGCUCCAGCUCCAUAAUACAAGAGUGGCAACAUCCACCAACCAUGCUCUCGCCCUCCGCCGUGCGGCCGCUCGUGCGCGCCAGUCCGACUUCGGUGGAGCUGCCCAAAUUAAGGAUCCCAAUCGAGGCGGGUCGUCAACAGCAGGACCCAGGCCUCGGCUACGACAACACCCACCCUGGUGGAUAUCACAUCGCACCACCGGUUCCAGUCAAGACGGAGGCAUCCAGCGGAGCCACCAUGCCGUCGCCACACGGACCCAAUACACGAUCACCUUCCUCACCAUCGUCAUUCUUCACUCAACCCGAGAUUGCCAAGCUCGGCCUGACACCACUACUUGAAGCCGCUGAGCAGAUGCGUCCGUCGACUACUGAGACGUCGCCACCGAUCUACGGUCGCUCCAGCCCACUCAAGCGUGAGCUCCCGCUACAGCAGGCGCUGCCCUCUAUCAUGCACGCCAUGGGUGGCUACCCGCUCGAGACUUCGGCAAUACCCAAGCGAGCUCGCAUCGGCUCGGACGUCGGCCUCGACGUGCAAGCUUCGUAUAGUCUGCUAGGCCACAUGCCCCGCCAGGCCAUGAUCUACCCAUCGUCCACCCCGCAGCAGGAGCCGCUCUACAACCAACAACAUGUCGCCUCGUACGCGCCGACCACAGAAACUCAGAGCCCCAGCACUGCCGGAUCAAUCUCUUCGGGGUCGCGUGCAUACUCAGGUGCCUCCGUCUGGGAGACCGUACUCACUACUGGUAAAUUCCCGACAGACAUUUGCCUCAGUGAGAACGCCACCACAGGCAGCGCGUCCCCGUCAACCCCAUUUAACACCAACAAAUCAAAUAGUGAGGACGCCGCCGACACAAUUGGAGCUGACUCCACUGGCGAGCUGAAGCAGGGUCGGUGGUCGGACGACGAAAAAGAGUAUGCCAACGCUCUCAUUCAAGCCGUGCAGAGAGGUGAGGUACUGUUGCCACCGAACGUGUCCCUGCGUAAAUUCGUCGCCGACAACCUACAGUGCAAGACAAUGCGGGUCAGCAAGAAGUUCCGCAGUCUGGGUGCGAGUCCCCGCGGCUCACCUAGCCGGGAAGACGAACCGGUAGCCCUGCGCAACGAGGUGUUUAACCCACUUAGCCUCAAGUCAAUUAUGAACAACGAGUCCAGCUCGUCUUCCUCCGAUGUGCUCGACGUUGCUGAGACCAUUGCCAACGCGAAUCUUAUCCGCCAGAGCCCCACUAGCAACAGCACCACGACGAAGAAGAAACCGACUCAGCGUGUGCUGAAGCGGUCAGACUACUCACAGCACGGCAUGGUGCGCAGUGGUCGGUGGUCUGUGGAGGAGGAAAACUACGCCAAAGCCAUGAUUGAGGCGUUCAAGGCCGGAUAUCUCCCACUACACGGCAAUGUGUCGCUGCGCAAGUUCCUGUCCGAGGUGCUCGUGUGCCACCCGAUGCGCAUCAGUAAGAAGUUCGUGGGCUACGUCCGCAAGUAUCACUGGUACCGCAUCGCUGCUGGCAAGUGCGAUCCAGAAGCCAAGCGCCAGGCACUGUACCAGCUGAGCCACCUUGAACGCGUCUUCUGGACGUCGCUGCAACAGAACAGCGACUGGUCUGCCGGUCUCCGCCGUGACGACUAAAGAGGCGAAUAAGCAGCAACGAAGCCGUCGCCCCAAGUAUGGCAGGCGACAAGUGUAUUUAAGGAGCGAGACCGAUUGAAGGCAACGCCAAGCAGCGUGAAAGAACACCCUAGGUGGGAAUGUAAGGUAGUAGUAGUUAAGCUAGUUGUAGCAGCGUCGAUAACGACAGUCAAUGUAUGUGCGUGCAUUUACUCCCAU